AUGCCGGAGACCAACAGCUUCUUCGUCUCCGACUUCGUCAAGGAGGAGAUUCUGAAGCGGCUGGUGAAGAGCCAGGAGCUGCCCAGCGAGGCGGCCCUCCUCGAGCUGCCCGCCCGCGUCGACGUGUACAUUGAGCUGCUGGCGCUGGAGCCGACGCCCGGCGCCGCCUCCUACAGCUUCAACGGCCUGGCCAGCUCGGUGUACCGGGCGACGAACAGCGAGACGGGGCAGCUCGUCUGCCUGCGUCGCUUUCACGCCUUCACGCCCAGCAGCGCCAAUGCGAAGCUGCUCAUGGCGACGAUUGACGGGUGGAAGAAGGUGACGCACGCGAACAUCGUCCCCCUGCGGCAGGUCUUCACCACCAAGGCCUUUGGCGACAACUCUGUGAUAUUCGUCUACGACUACUACCCGGCCUCGGAGACGCUGAUGGGCGCCUACUUUGCCAAUCAGCAGCUCCAGCCGCCCAACGGUGGUGGUAUAAUCGGUAAUUCUCAUGUUGGUGGAAAUGGCGUGGCCUCUUCGGGUGGAGGUGGUGGUGGUGGUGGUGGCAUCAACGGCCCUGGAGGACCUAAUGGUGGUCAGUCUCAGCAGCAGCAGUCCCAGCAGCAGCAGCAGCAGCAACAGCUGUCCACGAACGGCUACUCCACCGCCUCGCGACCGUACAGUCAACAGGCGGCAAAUACUCGGAAGCUGCUGCCGGAGGCGACCAUCUGGAACUACAUCAUACAGAUCUCCUCGGCGCUGCGCAUCAUCCACCAGUCGAGUCUCGCCUGUCGCGCCCUCGACCCCACCAAGGUCCUCCUCACCAGCGGCUGGAGCGCCAACGCCAACAACGCCUUCAGCAACCGGGGCCGGAACGCCCGCCUCCGCCUCGCCUUUGCCGGCGUGGCGGACAUUCUCACGCUGGACCUUGCAUUCCUUCACCACCACGGCGCCGGCGCCAAUCCGCGGGCGCUGGUGGCGCACUUUCAGCAGGAGGACCUGCUCCUCUUUGGCCGCCUCUGCCUGGCGCUGGCCACCAACAGCCUGGCGGCGCUCAGUCGCCACCUGCUGGCGGAGUGCCUGGAGCUGGUGCCGCGCAGCUACUCGGCGGACCUGCGUACCCUCAUCGGCUACCUGCUGAGCUCCAAGGCGACGGCCAACCCGAACAAGCCCCGCUCCAUCGAUGACAUCAUGCCGAUGAUUGGCGCCCGCUUCUACAUGCAGCUCGACCACCUCUACUACCGCUACGACCACCUCUACGAGGAGCUGGCGAAGGAGGCGGACAAUGGCCGCCUCCUCCGCCUCCUGGCCAAGCUGGGCACCAUCAACGAACGGCCGGAGCACCAGCUCGACCCGAACUGGUCGGAGACGGGCGACCGGUACAUGCUGAAGCUCUUUCGCGACUACCUCUUUCACCAGUGUGACGAGGAGGGCCGGCCGUGGCUCGACCUGGGCCAUAUCAUCACCAAUCUCAAUAAGAUGGACGUGGGCAGCGGGGAGAAGAUCUGCCUGGUGUCGCGGGACGCGCAGAACGUGCUCAUCGUCUCCUUUGAGGAGCUGAAGCGGUGCUUCGAGGCGGCCCUCGCCGACUUGAUGCAGUGA